AUGUGUACGUUGUGUAGAUAAUAAUGGCGACUCGGUUGUAAAUAAAUAUAAGUAUAAUAGGAGAAAAGAGCCUGGUUUAUCUAUUUUCUCCAACUUCUACUCGGGAAUGUUUGUUUUAAAGGUAGCUUGACCCGGAUUAAUCCACUGUAAAGAACAUUUUAAGGAUUUUAGAGAACAGGUUUCGUGUUCAGAUAUAUUUAAAUUAUUUGUGGUGAUCAUUGUGUUAAAAAGGGCGUUAUACAAGUCUAGUUGUAACAGUUAUUUCCCAGCAAGAUGUUUUAUGAUUGAAGCUUUAUUUGUGGUUCCGAUCACGUAACUUUGUAAAAAGUAUAAAUUAAAUUAGAACGAGGAAGUGGGUUUUUAUAUAAUCGAUUAUUAGAUCAACGUGUUAAGAUAAUUGAAUAAUAAUGCAGUAUUCGGGUCGCUGUGUUAUAUUUGGAGGUCUAUUAGCCUGUGCAAUAUGUUUUGGUAUCGGAGUCGUUGUUGGAUAUUUUGCUCACCCGGAUCCACCAAGUCAAGACGAACCGGCCGCUACAUGGCCAAAACAAUCGUCACCUUUACUACAAAGUUAUCAGGAUCAGUUUGUACAGCGAAUAGAAGAAGCUAAAUCAUGUAAGGUACCCCAGCCUCGAGGGUACGUAGCCUAUUAUUUAAAUGGCAAGAACAUAACGGUAGACGGUAAACUGGAUGAGGAGGCGUGGCUAGAGGUCGAUCACACACAGGAUUUCCUAGAUAUUCGUGGUGCGAGAUUUCCAGCACCUAAAGAAGAGACCCAGGUUAAGAUAAGAUGGGAUGAUACACAUGUUUAUGUUGGUGCCUGGUUAAAGGAAGAUAAAGUAUGGGCAACAUAUGACCAAAAAGAUAGCAGAAUUUAUGAAGAAAAUGCCUUUGAGGUAUUUUUUGAUGUGGAUAAAAGUAUGAGCAUGUAUAAAGAAAUAGAAAUCAAUGCACUUGGUACAACCUGGGAUCUUAUGUUGUCACGGGCGUAUAUAGAUGGUGGUGUUUUUACAGAUUGGGAAGGUAUAUCACAGAAAGGUGUUUAUACAGAUGGUGUAGUUAAUUAUCCCAGUGAUAAUACUACCUAUUGGUCUUUAGAAAUGGCGUUUCCUUUCGCUGAUCUCAUACAAAAUACGUCACGAGCAGAUGGACCUGCUGUAGAGAACGAAGUAUGGUUUAUGAUCAUGGCACGAACGGAGUAUGAACUACAAGUCAACAGUACAAAUGGUCGUUAUGAACAGGUUCCAGGAACGGAAGCUAGUUGGUAUUCAUGGCAACCUACGGGUGCUGUAGCACUUCAUCUUCCUAGCAGAUGGGGUUUAUUACAGUUCAGAAAAGGAAAUCCUGUAAGAAACAGCAUGGUUAACUUUGAUAGAUGGAUUUUAUACAAGGCCUUAUUUGAUGUUUUUGAUGCACAGCAGAACUGGAAGAGUUUAAUUGGUGGCUUUACGACUGAUAUAUCGUCCUUGGAUUUACCGCCUUACAUCACCAUUGGUUCUUGUUUAAAACUGGCUAUCGAAGGUGCUAGUGGUUCAACGUUUAACGCUACUGUUACCCAUAAUAACAUUAUAGGCCGUAUCAAUGAAAAUAGAUAUGUAUCAUUUACGCAAUAAAACCCAUCAAUCCUGCAUAA